CUAUAAAAUAUCCAGUGACAACUGACGAGGUUAUAUUUAUAUUUUGAUUUACUGCAAUAUUUUUCAAAAAAUCAAAAUGAUUUGCAUUUUAAUCCGAAAUAUGAAGAGGUCUGUAUCGUCUUCCGGAUCUAGAUAUUUUUUUACGAAUACAAGUUUGUGUUCUACAACUUCAAAACCGCUAAUGCCAAAAAUGACCGGAAAGAAAAUGAGUCCUUAUGGAUGGUUUUUGUUGGUUAUUCCUGUGUCUACAUUUUCUCUAGGAGUUUGGCAAGUGAUGCGCAAAAAUUGGAAAGAAGGGCUCCUUAUUGAUUUGCAAGAAAGGACAAACAGUCAGCCUGUUGAACUACCUCAAAAUUUGGAUGAUAUAGAAAAAUUAGAAUAUAAGCCAGUGCAUGUAAGAGGUCAUUUUCUACAUGAAAAAGAAAUGUACAUUGGUCCUCGAUCCCUUCUAGUGAAUGGGGAUGCAGCUUCCAACAGCUCCUUGCUCACAGGAAGUAAUAAGAGCCAUGGCUUCACAGUUAUCACACCAUUCAAACUGGAAGAUAGAGAUGAAACUAUUCUGGUGAACCGUGGUUGGGUACCUUCCAAACAUAAAGAUCCUAGAACUAGACAGGAGGGUCAAGUAGAGGGAACAGUUGAUGUUAUUGGUGUUGUAAGAAAAAAUGAAUCCAGACCGAAUUUUUCAAUGAAGAAUCAAGAAGGAAGUAAAAUCUUUUUUUAUAGAGACUUAGAACAUAUGGCAUCAGUUGGUGGUACAGCCCCUAUUUUUCUUGAUGCAACUAAUGAUUUUGAUCUUCCUGGUGGACCAAUUGGCGGUCAGACACGAAUUUCGUUAAGGAAUGAGCACUUAUCAUAUAUACUCACUUGGUUUACAUUGUGUGGAGCUACUAGUCUCAUGUGGUAUACAAAAUUUAUUAAGUAAUGUAAUACAGGUGACAUUUUUAGAACUCAGAAUGUUGUACAGUAAAAGUAAGUUGAAAUAAAUUGUUUAAAUAAAAAUCAACUGGUACUGUUUUAGAAA